CACACUACUUCCAUGGCUAAUGGGCCCGGCGAUGUUUUUUCGGGACUCGAUCUGGACUUUAGCACCAUCACUGUCCCAGCUACUCGCCACGCGCUCCGACUGCGGGCCUGAGCCGCGCCGUUUGCCACCACGCGCUCGCAAUGCUUCCUGCGCAGCACGCAGCAGUACCCGCAGGUCCUCCCAGGUACGCGCCCGCUGUAUGAAUUGUGACUCAUGCGGAUGUUCCGAACCACCCGGGAACGCCGUAUAAGACGCACGCACGGUUGCAUGGAAACUGUCCGUAUCAUAUCCUUGUUUCUUCCCCUCCCACAUGGAGCUCGACACCAAAACCCCCCUCCUCGCCGUCCCGGCCGACGCACGACAGGAUGCCGUCCUACGCAGGUCUCGGGAACGCGGCGGGUUCGUCAAAGCAGUUGCCGUGGCGGCGCUGUUCUUUUGGCUGGGACUACGCUACCGUGAGUUCGUGACGGAUGGUGUGUCGAGAGCGCUCGUCGCUGUCCACGACGAGCCGGAGCCUGCUGCUCCAUGGCCCAUCCCGGAGGAGUACACCGCCGACUGUGUAGACUGGACUGGGAUCGGUGCAUCCCCCGCAGGCGACGAGCUCCCCCUCUCCGCUGAGGCUGGACUCGAGCUCCCAGUCUCCGCCGAAUCGCUUUUCGUCCUCUCCCGCGCCGUCGAGCACCACGAGCUGUUCGCCAGCGGACACGUCAAGUUCGUACAGUCCGGCAACGCGGACGCGAUCAAGGUCGACGCGACGGCGUACUUCUAUCACGAGGAGUACCUGGCGCAUUCCAAGAUGUGUCUGCUGACCAGCGGUCAAGGGGAGAGCGGCGUUGGGCUCUUCACAAACUGGGCGUCCAAGCCGGACCACCGCCGCCAUCGGCAUGCGCGAGUGCGCUUGGAUGUCACGCUCACCGUGCCCGCGGUCCAAGGCCUCCCACUCGAGCGUCUGUGGACCGAUUUGACUGCCUUUGAGCAGAAGUUUGGGGAUCUGAGUGCGAUUGCUUUCGACUCGCUGUAUAUCAAAGGCGCUGUGGGUGCGAUCUCGGCUGAGGCUCUGCAAGCGAACGUUGCACACGUCACCACUAACGUGGGUUCCAUCGAGCUAGCAAGGCUCAGCGCUACCUCCGCAAAUGUCACCACUUCGGCCGGUCAGGUCACGGGCUUGUUUUCGGCGUCAGAAUCUCUCGGUCUGGUCACCUCGACUGGAUCGAUUGUUGCGCAAAUUGAAUUGUCGGACGACGCUGCUGAUGGUCCUGCCCAGCUGGUUCUCCACACAUCCGCCGGAUCGAUCGACUCCACCGUGACACUGUCCAGCACCAAGGCCGAUGCAGCCUUUAACGUCACAGCAGAGACCUCGACUGGCAAGCUCACGCUCGCGGUGCCUUCUGCCCCCCUCGACUCAACGAUUACCAUCGACGCGCGGAAUGGAUUCGGGGCGGCGCGGGUGUCGCUCCCUCCCACUUUCGAAGGAUCCCUGCGUGCGAAGACAAGCUUCGGCUCGACGUCCGUCAAUGUCGCGGAAAAGGUCGAAGAUCCUAGUGGCCAAGGCCGCAAACGCCAAGUUUCCAUCUCCACAAAGCGAUCGAGCGUCGAGGGGAGUGUUGGCUGGAGCACAGAAGGUCUGAGUCGGGGAAGCGUGAAUGUCGAGACGAAUGUUGCGGGUGUCACAUUGGACAUUUGAAGAUGAAGAUACAGGGCUUUCCCGUUCCAAUUUUGAAGAUCAUGUACCUGGGCUCGGGAUUGGGAACCCUGCUCCAACUGCUUGUCGUGGGCUAGUUAAUAACUGGGGUGUACUGGAAUUGAUGAGUAAUGUCGCGAGCCCUGAAUCCGUGCAACUUCAAUGAAAUUCCGCGCAAGUCGUGGU